AUGCCUUCCCACACCCCAUCUCAGCGCUACCUCAGCACCCGAGGAGGAUCCUACGACCUCUCCUUCGAAGACGUCGUUCUCAAGGGUCUUGCCUCCGAUGGCGGUCUCUUCAUCCCCGAGGAGAUUCCCACAUUGCCCACCGAUUGGGCAUCGAAAUGGCAGCAUCUCUCGUUCGCUGACCUCGCAUACGAAAUCUUCUCUCUCUACAUCUCCCCAUCAGAGAUCCCCUCUGCGGACUUGAAGCAAAUAAUAGAAAAGAGCUAUUCCACCUUCCGAACCAAGGACGUCACCCCCACCGUCACCCUCGAUGCGAAGAAGAACAUCCACCUGCUCGAGCUCUUCCACGGACCUACAUUCGCUUUCAAGGACGUUGCGCUGCAAUUCUUGGGUAACUUGUUCGAGUACUUCCUCGUUCGAAGGAAUCAGGGCAAGUCUGGACGUGGAAGGGAACAUUUGACCGUCGUUGGCGCGACAAGUGGUGAUACUGGAUCCGCAGCCAUCUACGGUCUGCGCGGAAAGAAGGAUGUCUCCGUCUUCAUCAUGCACCCACACGGCAAGGUCAGCGCUAUCCAGGAGGCCCAAAUGACCACGGUUUUGGACGCAAACGUGCACAACUUGGCUGUGGAUGGCACAUUCGACGAUUGCCAGGACUUUGUCAAGGCUCUCUUUGCCGACCCGGAGAUCAACAAGACUCACCGUUUGGCCGCCGUGAACUCCAUCAACUGGGCCCGUAUCCUCGCGCAGAUCACCUACUACUUCUACUCAUAUUUCCAACUCAUCCGCCAAUCUUCCUUCCUCCCCGCCUCCACCGUGCGAUUCGUCGUCCCAACUGGAAACUUCGGCGACAUCCUUGCUGGUUACUUCGCAAAGCGCAUGGGUCUUCCCUCGCAGAAGCUCGUCAUUGCCACAAAUGAGAACGAUAUUCUCCACCGUUUCUGGCAGACUGGAAAGUACGAGAAGAAGCCUGUGUAUGGACAGGAGGCUCUGGGCGGCGAACCGGCCGAUGGCGUCAAGGCACACGAAGACGGUGUCAAGGAGACGCUCAGCCCUGCAAUGGACAUCCUCGUUUCCUCCAACUUCGAGCGCUUGCUCUGGUUCCUCGCCUACGAGGUCUACAGCACCAACGGCGACGCCGUCUCGCAACGACGCGCCCAGGCCGGCGACCACGUAAAAUCCUGGUUGAAUGCGCUCAAGAGCGAGGGCGGUUUCAGCGUCGACAACAAGAUCCUCGAGGCCGCCAAGGUCAGCUUCACCUCGUACCGCGUGAGCGACAAGGAGACGCUCGACACCAUCGCCAACGUCUUCACCACCAUCUCGCCCAACUACGUCCUCGACCCCCAUUCCGCCAUCGGUGUCGCCGCAGCGCUUCGAUCCGCAGAGGAGCCUGACGCUCAACCGCCAAGCACACACCACAUCUCCCUCUCGACCGCACAUCCCGCGAAAUUCAGCAACGCCGUCCAGGACGCUCUUCAGGGCGAGAAGGGAUAUUCGUGGGAGAAGAUCGAGCCGCAGGAGUUCAAGGGCCUCGAAGACAAGCCUAGGAGAGUCAGUCACGUUAAGAAGUCCGACGGCUGGGAGGGAGUCAGGCGCGUCGUCGUCGCCGAGGUGGAGGCCGAGCUUCAGGCUGCAGAGAGUGCACAGAAGUAA